AUGUCGGCUGGAUCGGUGGAGCCGUUGGCCCAUAGCCAAACGCCCCUGGACGCCCUGUGUCGCGUUUGCCACACUUCAUCCCCGCGCUGUUUGCCGCUCUUCAAGCCACUGAAUCACCUGAUUUCCGGGAAACUAUCCACCCUGGCCAGCAUCCUGAGCUACUGCAGCGGCCUGGAGAUCCUGGAGACGGAGCUCUUCCUGCCCCACCACAUCUGCCCGGGCUGCGUGGCCAAGCUGCGGCUCGCGCUGGAAUUCAAGCGGAGUGUCCACCGAAUGGACAGGCUGCUGAGGCAAAGUCAUGCGGACUUUUGCCGCUCCAAGAGGAUCAAUGAGCUGGGAAUCGAAGCUAAGAUGUCGCCGGGCAUCACCGAGGACCUCGUCUUUGUGAUCGAUGACCAGGAGGUGGCAGAAGAGCCCUUAGAAGCCAUUCCAAAUGAAGAGGAGCACCUGGUUGUAGAAGAAGUUCGGGUGGAAAAGCGGGAGAUGGAGCCAAGUUUGCAGGAACAAAUCCCUGAGAUGAUGAACCAAGAGGAGCAGCUCCUCUUGGAGGCCAAAGCUGCUGAAGAUCUCUACGAGAUUGUGGAGGAGCCGGAGCAGCCUGUAGUAGAAGCCCUGGACUCCAAAAUGAGGUCAGGAAAAACGUUGAUCACCAAAAGAACCACCUUUGAGUACCACAUAGCGCUCGAAAACAAGCCACAAAAAAGAGCUCAGAGAACUAAAGAAUCACUCCAAGAUCUCUACGAGAUUGUGGAGGAGCCAGAGCAACCACAGAAGUCCUCGGCCAGGAGAAGUGGUCAAUGGAAAGCGCAGAACCCCUCGUUGCAGUGUCAGAUUUGCGGCAAGCAGCUCAGCACCAGCAACUCGUUCAAGUACCACAUGCAGCUCCAUGGCACGGCCACGCCCUACGUUUGCCGCAUCUGCGGCGAGUCCUUCAAGACGCGCAAUGCCCACGACGGUCAUGUGACGCUGCACGAUCUGAACAAUCCGAAUAGGUGCCCCACCUGCUUCAAGGUCUACCGGCAGGCCUCGUCGCUCCGCACCCAUCUGCUGAUCCACAGCGGCAUCAAGCCCUUCGAGUGCAACAUCUGCGGCAAGCGGCUGACCCAGAAGUCCGGCUACAAGAAGCACAUGCUCACGCACACGGGCGAGAAGCCGCAUGGAUGCGACAUCUGCGGCCGCAGCUUCCGCUACUCGAGCAACCUGAUUGCCCACAAGCGCAGCCACAGCCAGGAGAAGCCGCACCACUGCCAGGUGUGCCAGAAGCGGAGCUUCGGCAGCCGCUCCGAGCUGAAUCGCCACAUGCUCGUGCACAGCAGCGAGCGACCGUUCGGCUGUGAGGAGUGCGGCAAGUCCUUCAAGCGGCAGGUUUCCCUCAGCAUCCAUCUGCAGUCGCAUAAGGAAGGUCGCAGGCGGAAGAAAAUAAAUCGGAAGGUGGAGGAAGAUACCUGAUUGCAGGCAUAGAUUAGAGCCCAAGAAUCUCUUUACUUCUAGUUAAUAUUCUCAUUUA